ACGCUCCAAGCCGUGGACGCUCAUUCAUCAUGCGCUCUCUCCUUAUCAAGCUAGCCGUUAGCUUGACAUGCUAACCAGUGAAACGCGUUGGCUAUGAAUUGAUACGUCGGUCGUAACAGCGCCCGUGUAGCCUAUAUAUCUAUUUAGUGGUAAUACUAGCUGAUGCACGUUUCUAACUAGAAAGAGCCUUUCUUCCCUGGUGUACUGGGAGCUGACGUAUCGUGUUAUGGGAGACACUCGGAGGUCAGACGAGCGGCCGAUGUCAACAGUGAUGUCCGAGAAACGAGCCUCUGACAGCCGUGUGUUGAUAUCACAGCUCCGAUAAACUUGGGUUUAAAUCAUGCCUGGGAAACUAAAGGCCAAAAUUGUGGCUGGGCGCCACUUGCCUGUGAUGGACAGAGCCAGUGACCUCACUGAUGCUUUUGUAGAGGUUAAGUUUGGAAACACAACUUUCAAAACCGAUGUCUGUCCCAAAUCCCUCAAUCCGCAAUGGAAUUCCGAAUGGUUCAAAUUUGAGGUUGAUGAUGAGGACUUGCAGGAUGAGCCACUGCAGGUCACAGUUUUGGACCACGAUACUUACAGUGCUAAUGAUGCCAUAGGGAAAGUUUACAUUGACAUUGACCCGCUGCUGUGCAAUGAGGCUGCCUCUGUCAUCUCUGGCUGGUUUCCCAUCUAUGAUACAAUCCAUGGUAUCCGAGGGGAGAUCAAUGUCCUUGUCAAAGUGGAGCUUUUCAACGAUUUGAACCGCUUCAGACAGUCCUCCUGCGGGGUCAAAUUCUUCUGCACCACAUCCAUUCCACGGUGCUACAGGGCAGUGAUGGUGCAUGGGUUUGUGGAGGAGCUUGUGGUGAAUGAAGAUCCAGAGUACCAGUGGAUCGACCGUAUAAGAACUCCUCGGGCCUCCAAUGAGGCCCGGCAGAGGCUCAUCUCUCUUAUGUCUGGAGAGCUGCAGAGAAAAAUAGGGCUCAAGGUAUUGGAGAUGGGCGGGAAUGCAGUCGUGGGCUACUUACAGUGUUUUGACCUGGAGGGAGAGUCUGGUCUGGUGGUCCGGGCCAUAGGUACUGCCUGCACACUGGACAAACUCAGCUCCGGAAGCGCCCCCAACACCAACACACAUAUCCACCCAAACACAGCCCCUGCUUCCAAUGCCUGCAAUUCCCCUUCCAAGGAUGGAAAGGAGCCGGUUUUUGGUGAGGACCUGACCUCGUCCUCCGGCCCGCCCACCCCUUUCAGAGCCCUCCCCACCACCUCCUCCUCUCCUCCCCUCUCUCCCUCCAAGCCAUGCAGCCGCCAGUCCUCAUCAUCAGACACAGACCUCAGUUUGACGCCCAAGACGGGAAUGGGCAGUGGGGGCAGCGUCGGGAAGGAGGCAGGGCCUCUGAAGACCCUGCUCAGACAGCAGACACAGACGGCUCUAGAGCAGAGGGAGUUCCCCUUCUUCACCUUGACAUCUUUCCCACCUGGUUUUCUGGUUCAUGUCGGUGGAGUGGUCAGCGCUCGCUCUGUCAAACUACUGGACCGUAUACACAACCCUGAUGAGCCCGAGACUCGUGAUGCCUGGUGGGAGGAGAUUCGCCAGGAGAUCAAAUCUCAUGCCAAAGCUCUUGGUUGCCAUGCUGUUGUGGGGUACAGCGAGAGCACUAGCAUCUGUGAGGAGGUGUGUAUCCUGUCAGCAUCAGGCACAGCAACCAUCCUGAAUCCUCGGUACAUGCGUGAAGGCUGCCUAGACAUCGUAGUUGCCGACCACAGGUUUGAGGAGCCGUCUCCCCCGAGUUGUGGCUUCUGCCACAUCCCGUAUGAUGAGCUCAACAUGCCCUUUCCUGCCCAGCUCACCUACUGUUACCUCUGCAGGCGACAAAAGGUUCCUGAUGUGCUGUUCACAACAAUCGACCUGCCACCAGACGCGGCUGUUACAGGGAAGGGCUGCCUUAUCCAGGCCAGACUCUGCCGUCUAAAAAAGAAGGCUCAGGGUGAAGUGAAUGCGACGGCCAUCUCCAACCUGCUGCCUUUCAUGGAGUACGAGCUGCACACUCAGCUGAUGAACAAGCUGAAGUUGCGAAGCAUGAACUCUUUGUUUGGCUUACACAUACAGAUCAGUGUCGGAGAGAACAUGCUUCUGGGUCUGGCUUCUGCUACAGGAGUUUACCUGACAGCCCUGCCGGCACCAGGAGGCAUCCAGAUUGCGGGGAAGACUCCUGGUGACCUAAGCAAUGAGCACCACAUCCUCACCAUCCAGAAAAGGAUCAAUGAUACCAUAGCCAAGAACAAAGAGCUCUAUCAAAUAAACCCUCCGGAGCUGGCGGAGGAAGUGGUUGGUUCUCCGAUUCCUGAGCCGAGGCAACGAUCGAGACUUUUCCGCUCCCACUCAGAAAGCUCAGAUGAACUGUCAGAACUGGACCUCUCACAUGGAAAGAAGGAUGCCUUUGUCCUGGAGAUUGAUGACACUGAUGCUGUGGAGGACAUCCACUCCCUCCUCACUGAUGCCCCUACUCCUGCAGGUUUCUACAGCUGCAACACUGAGAUCAUGCCUGGGAUUUUCAACUGGACUUCAGGAGUUCAGAUGUUUACAUCUGUGAGGGUCUUUAGGUUGAGUAAUGCCAAUCUUACCAACCAAGGCUUGAACAAGAUCUUCACUGACCUAUGUGAGAAUCUGCUAAAGAGCUUUUACUUCAAGUUGCGCUCUAUGAUCCCCUGCUGUCUGUGUCAGCUCAACUUCACCGUAGCAGUGCCAGAAGAAGAACUCAUACAGGUUGCAGUGACGGCGGUUGCCAUGACAUUUGACAAAGACCAUACUCAGGAGAAGACAGCAGACAAGCCACUCACCAAAGGAGGAAGUGAGACUGAAGAUCAGCUGCAGUUUUCCAUGGAGUUAUGUGCAGACUCGUCAUCCGCCAACUGUCAGGCAACAUCCAAAAUCUCAGGUGUCCCAGAGAGUUCCAACGUCUCAUCCAGAGCUGCCUCCGUUGAUUACGGUUCCUUUGCAGACAGAUGCAGCACCUGGCUAGAGCUGCUUAGGCUGAAAGCUCACACCAUAAGACGUGGAUCAGUUAAGACAAGUAGGAGGACACAGUCUCUAGCACACUCUGUCUCAUCUUUGGAGCGCUCCAGUCCACUGCCUGAGGGACGGUCCCGCUCACUUCGAUCCAACCGCUCAUUCGGGGGAAGUUCAGUCACUGUGGUGAAGAUGACGCCGGUCUCCUUCCUCCCUGGGACACGCAUCAUCAAAUACCUCGGGAUCAUCAACAUGUUUUUCAUCAGAGAGACAACAUCGUUACGGGAGGAAGGUGGCGUCAGUGGCUUCCUCAAUACAUUCAUAGCAGAGGUGUUUUCGAUGGUUCGAGCCCAUGUAGCAGCCCUGGGUGGCAAUGCAGUGGUGUCUUACAGCAUGAAAGAGUGUAUGUUAAUGGAAAAUCCAAACAAAAACCAGGCUCAGUGUCUCAUUAAUGUGAGUGGUGAUGCCGUCAUCUGUGUCAGGGAAACGGACCAGGAGCCCACUCCCUCGACGACAAAUAUUGGACAGACCUGCGCUAGUGCCACAGAUGAGGCUACAUGACAGCGAAACACAGAGCCUCACUUUUUGUCUGCAGGACACACAAUCUGAGUGAACAUGCUCUCUGAGUCUAGCCGUCCAAAUAUGAGUAAUUUAUGCCUGCCUUAAAACUCUGUAACAGAUCCAAAGAUUUGGACCCAGGUAAUAAAGAACAAGUACUCAUACACACUGAGAUAUAUGCAGUCUCGAUUAAUAUGGGAUUGCAUGAUGUUUUGGGGGUUUAAAGCAAGCAUUUAUGCAGAAGAUACUGAUGUAGCUCCUUGGGAAUUAUUACAACAGCCAAAAGACUGCAUCUGCAUCUAACUUUUGUGAAUGUAUUACAUCCGUCCAUAUAAGGGUCACCCAACGUUACAGUAUGUUCGCCAUUUCUUUGCGGUGGGCACAAGUGAGGCAGCUAUGACUAAUUUGUCCAUCUACAGCUCACAGGAGGAGUCGUUAAAUGGCCAUGCCAAAAGGGACAUAGUUGUAUGCCACCAGAUAAUUUAAAAGUUGCCACAUAAUUAAUAUGCUGAGCAAGGCAAGUAUUUAAAUUUCAACAUAGCUGGUGCUCUUCCACAAAAUAGAAAAUUUUGAAUCAAAACAACUCAUUUUGUUGUAGUUAUCUAUUUGUUAAUUUGGUGUCGAGUUUAAUGUUUAAAUUAGAUUUUAUGUUGAUUUUGUUCUUCCUAAUUAUUUUCACAGUAUUGCCCACAGGCAGUAUCCUACAGGGGACCAAAUGUCUCCAGAGAGGGUCAAAUAAUUAUGUCAACUAUACUAAUAAUAAUGAAAGCAAAAAUGGCAAGGGUUACUGGCACAUGCAUGUUAUUUUUGUAGGGCAAGAAUUUUUCCAAUCAAACUAUAGCCAUAACUGUUUAUUCAAGUGAUUAUUUAAUUAAUUCAAAAUAUUAGAAUUUUAUAUUGCUUUAUGGUCAGAUCAAAAGACGUGUAUGCCUUCCAUUCACUGACAAAGGAGUGAGGGCAAAUGGUGAUGGGUAUAUUGGGUAAAAUGUGGCCCUUUGGGGUCCAGUACCAGGUUGGUUUCCUAGGAUAAGGUAUAGGAGAUUGUUUCGACUGAAAUAAACAUUAAGCAGUUUGAACUGAGGCAACUUUUGCUUCACUUGCAGCUCUAGGUUUCUGUUCCUCUUGAUGCUUCCUGCUGUCGGUGUCUUUUUGCAGACCUUUGUCAAGCUUCAUCACUGUUGUGUUUGCACUCAUGCUCUGUAUAAUAAUCUGAAUAAUCUAAUGCUACUGAUCUAUCCGUCUUUGACAUUCAUGGCCAAUGCUGGAAAAAAAGCAUAUUCUGGUGAAGGUGCAACCUGAAAAUAAACUGUAAAUGAACUGUAAAUGUUCUCUAAAGUCAGAUUUUUAGUAUUUUUGUACCAUAACGUGUAAAACCUACAGCUCAAUUUGCCUGUGCAAUGAAAAUAAGUGGUACUCUAGUUUGUUUGUCUGAUCAGCAACGUGUGAUCAGUUUCAUAUAUCUGUGUUUUUAACUUGAAUGUACAUACUUGGAUGCUUUUGCUUUCUGACUAGCAGCAUGGAGACCCACUUUUUGUUGCCAUGAAUCUGUAUGCUCGCCCUGCAAAUCUUGUAUAAUAAACUCAGU